AAGGAGGUGACUCCUCCCUGAGCUGCAACUUUACAUCAUAUGAACGAGUAAAAGAGACUUUAAAUAAAGUUCACUUCAGCAGGAGGGGCUGUUCGCAUUAAAACUGCAAUUCUUAACCAAGAAGUUUUUGAACUAUUAAUGUAAUAAAGAGACUGUGUGGGAAAAAUAAGCUGGGCAAUAAUGAUGUAAGGAAAAAAAACUUGCAGUUUCCUGACCCACGCAGAGUGGAGUUGGAUAGGACAGCCCACAGCCGCGUGCCACCAUGCAAAACAGCUUGGUGGAAAAGACACGACGCGCUCACUGAUACGCUGCUGGACCAGUUGGUGGGGCUGGACCGGGACCGGGAACCGUCUCCAUCCACGACUGCAGAAACCUGCUCAGUCUCACAAACGCGCGCUCAGAGAGUAUUAAAAAACAAAAAGAUGGCAGGGGGAAACAAAACCAAGAGCGACAAAAACUCCGCUGCGCACAGCCAGGACAACAGCGCCGCGCAGAAGAAAAGCCCCAAAAGUGGCGCAAACGGGGCGAGCGUCCCCGGACCCCAGCAGGGCAGCUCCUCAAACUCAGGCAGCUGUGCGGGCCUUCUGUUCAACUCCCUCUUCUAUCUGGCGCUGAUUGGAGCUGCGGGCUUUGCGGCGUUUUACGUCCAGCAGGCGGUGGAUGAAAUCCGGCACAUGGGCGCAAAGUACGGGGAAGACGCACGGCGAGGCGCAGAGCUGAGCACCAAAAUGGAGAGUGUUUUUCAACAGGUGGAGUCYCUGAGGAGCAACAUGGACGGUUUGGAGUCCUCCCUGGGCAUCACUCGGGUGGAGCUGGAGGCGGCUGUGACCCAGGUGAAGAGGGGCGAGGUGGAGACGAGGAGGGUGGAGGAGGCGCUUCAGAAGCUCCAGAACGAUCUGCUCCGGGACCUGUCGGAGGGCAUCAAGGAGGUGAAGGAGGCCCGGGAGAAGGACUUCUCCUCGCUGGAGAGGACCGUGGAGGAGCGCUUGGCUGAGGUGAGUCGGUCCAUCUCAGCCAGCGUGGCRGAGUUCGCUGCCUCUCAGGGCGAGGCUCAGAGCCAGCUCGCCGAGCUCAAAUCCCGCCUGGGCAUCAUGGAGGACCCCGCGCUCGUAAAGCAGGAGCUGGCGGCCAUCGUCGACGCCGUGGCAGAAAUCAAAACAGCCAAGCAGCAGACUGACACGACCACCAACUCCCUCAGGGAGCAGAUCGGCGCCGUCAGGGAGGAGCUCCAAACCCGCAACCAGGAAGUGGCCUCUCUGUCUCAGGAAGUCCAAACGGUGAGGUCGCUGGUGCAGGAGACCACCGGGUCUCUGAAGCAGUCCCUGUCUGCGGCAGAAACCGAAGUCCAGACCCUGAAGGACCAAAGCGGGGCGCUUCAGAGCAGCUUGGAGCAGGCUAGCGUCGCAAUCCGAGCCGUGGAGGAGACGGCGAACGCAGCCGCCGCUCAGGCUCAGAGCAAAUCAGAGAAGAGCGAGGACUCGCUGUCGGACCUCAGCGACAAAGUCGAAUCCCUGCUCGCCAGGUACGACGUGCACGAGAGCGGUUUAGCUGCGCAGGCGGACGCGGUGAAGAAGGUCAAAACGGAUCUGAAGCAGGAGCUGGAGGCCGUGAGGACGUCGGUGGAGGAGCUGCAGUCCAAAACCGCCACGGCUGCUUCGGCAGACUCCAGCAACCAGAAGGUGGAGGAGCUGGAGAGGAGGCUCGCCGCUUUGAAGCCCGAGGAGCUGGAGGACCUAAAAACAACUAUGGACGAUCUGAGGAGCAAAGCAGCCAAGUUGGAAGGCCACGAUCAGGCCAUCGCUGUGCUGAGGGAGGCGCUUCAGGUGGGGAAACAGAAACAAGCAGGAGAAGAAGGAGCGGCACAGAACCUGGAGGAGCUGCAGUCCAAUCUAGCUGCUCUGAGCGAAGCCCAGAAUGAGCUCAGCAUGAAGGACUCCAGCCUGGAUCAGCAGAUGGAGGAGCUGGAGAAGAGACUCACAGCUUUGGAGGACAGGAUGUAGGUGGACUGAAGCGGGCGACGAGGCUGUUUCUGCAAAAAAACCUCAGAGACAUCUUCGCCUCUGCACCAUCAGAUAGAACCAAAACAACGGAGGCAAUAUUGAAUCAAGUUUUUCUUCUCUUUUCUUUUUUUUUAAAUGAAUUAUUUCCAAAACUUUUAAACAUCAGGAGGAGGGGUGGAGCUUAACUGCUGAUCUGUGAAUUCAAGUCCACUCAGUCUGCACUGUAGUUUGUCUUUUUUGUUAGACUUAAAUAGUUUUGACACCAAAAAAUAGAAGUUUCAAGCACUCAUUUGUUUUUUUCACUACAUCAUUUCUUUUCUUUUUCUUUCUUUUUUUUUGUAAUAAAAAUCUCAACUCGAA